CCGGCGGCGGUUUUCUGGCUGAGCCGGGGAGGUGGAGAAGCCUGUUGUUGCUGUGGCGGUCGCAUCCUUGAGGGUGUCGUGGCGGCGCCACGCCGGCCGCUGAGCACUCCGAUCGCCCCCGAAGCUAGUGUGUGCCCCUGACCCCGUCAGCUGUUCGCGUCUCGCCCUGCGGGCCGUGCCUUCUGCAUCAUGUGCGGUAUAUUUGCUUACUUAAACUACCAUGUUCCUCGAACGAGACGAGAAAUCUUGGAGACCCUAAUCAAAGGCCUUCAGAGACUGGAGUACAGAGGAUAUGAUUCUGCUGGUGUGGGAGUUGAUGGAGGCAAUGACAAAGAUUGGGAAGCGAAUGCCUGCAAAAUCCAGCUCAUUAAGAAGAAAGGAAAAGUUAAGGCACUGGAUGAAGAAGUUCACAAGCAACAGGAUAUGGAUUUGGAUAUAGAAUUUGAUGUACACCUUGGAAUAGCUCAUACCCGUUGGGCAACACAUGGAGAGCCCAAUCCUGUCAAUAGCCACCCCCAGCGCUCAGAUAAAAAUAAUGAAUUUAUUGUUAUUCACAAUGGAAUCAUUACCAACUACAAAGACUUGAAAAAGUUUUUGGAAAGCAAAGGCUAUGACUUUGAAUCUGAAACAGACACAGAGACAAUUGCCAAGCUUGUUAAGUAUAUGUAUGACAACAGGGAAAGUCAAGAUACUAGUUUUACUACCUUGGUGGAGAGAGUUAUUCAACAACUGGAAGGUGCUUUUGCACUUGUAUUUAAAAGUGUUCAUUUUCCUGGGCAAGCAGUCGGUACAAGGCGAGGUAGCCCUCUGUUGAUUGGUGUUCGGAGUGAACAUAAACUAUCUACUGAUCACAUUCCGAUACUCUACAGAACAGGCAAAGAUAAGAAAGGAAGCUGCAAUCUCUCUCGUGUGGACAGCACAACUUGCCUUUUCCCUGUUGAAGAAAAAGCAGUGGAGUAUUACUUUGCCUCUGAUGCAAGUGCCGUCAUAGAACACACCAAUCGCGUUAUCUUUCUAGAAGAUGAUGAUGUUGCAGCAGUGGUGGAUGGCCGUCUUUCUAUCCAUCGAAUUAAACGAACUGCAGGAGAUCACCCUGGACGAGCUGUGCAAACACUCCAGAUGGAACUCCAGCAGAUCAUGAAGGGCAACUUCAGUUCAUUUAUGCAGAAGGAAAUUUUUGAGCAGCCAGAGUCCGUUGUGAACACAAUGAGAGGAAGAGUCAACUUUGAUGACUAUACUGUGAAUUUGGGUGGUUUGAAGGAUCACAUUAAGGAAAUCCAGAGGUGUCGGCGUUUGAUUCUUAUUGCUUGUGGAACAAGUUACCAUGCUGGUGUAGCAACACGUCAAGUUCUUGAGGAGUUGACUGAGUUGCCUGUGAUGGUGGAGCUGGCCAGUGACUUCCUGGAUAGAAACACACCAGUCUUUCGAGAUGAUGUUUGCUUUUUCCUUAGUCAAUCAGGUGAGACAGCAGAUACCCUGAUGGCUCUUCGGUACUCUAAGGAGAGAGGAGCUUUAACUGUGGGGAUCACAAACACAGUCGGCAGUUCUAUAUCAAGGGAGACAGAUUGUGGAGUUCACAUUAAUGCUGGCCCUGAGAUUGGCGUGGCCAGUACAAAGGCUUAUACCAGCCAGUUUGUAUCCCUUGUGAUGUUCGCCCUUAUGAUGUGUGAUGACAGGAUCUCCAUGCAAGAGAGACGCAAAGAGAUCAUGCUCGGAUUGAAACGGCUGCCUGAUUUGAUUAAGGAAGUACUGAGCAUGGAUGAUGAAAUUCAGAAACUGGCAACAGAACUUUAUCAUCAGAAGUCAGUCCUGAUAAUGGGACGGGGCUAUCAUUAUGCUACUUGUCUUGAAGGGGCGCUGAAAAUCAAAGAAAUUACUUACAUGCACUCUGAAGGCAUCCUUGCUGGGGAGUUGAAACAUGGCCCCCUGGCUUUGGUGGAUAAGCUGAUGCCUGUUAUCAUGAUCAUCAUGAGAGAUCACACUUAUGCAAAGUGUCAGAAUGCUUUUCAGCAGGUGGUUGCUCGGCAGGGGCGCCCUGUGGUGAUUUGUGAUAAGGAGGAUACUGAGACCAUUAAGAACACAAAAAGAACAAUCAAGGUGCCCCACUCAGUGGACUGCUUGCAGGGCAUCCUCAGUGUGAUCCCCUUGCAGUUGCUGGCUUUCCACCUUGCUGUGCUGAGAGGCUAUGAUGUUGAUUUCCCACGGAAUCUUGCCAAAUCUGUAACUGUAGAGUAAAGAACAUCUGAAUCGCUGGAUGAUUAUGCAACACAAGACACCUUUUAUAUUUAAAACCUUGAUUUAAAAUAUUACCCUUGAAGCCUUUUUAAAGUAAAUCCUCAUUUAUAUAUCAGUUAUAAUUAUUCCACUCAAUUUGUGAUUUUUGUGAAAUUACCUCUUAUAUUUUUCCAGUAAUUUGUGGAGGAGUUUGAAUAAUGGAAUCUAUAUUGGAAUCUGUAUCAGCUGUUAUUUUCUUUAAAGAAUGCUGCGUGUUGAGUUUCUGGACCCUCCACUUCAAUCUGAGAGGAUAGUAUGUUUUAAAAAUAAUUAGCAUUUGUUUACCAUGCUUCUCUUCAUUCAGACCAAUGAAAGAGUAGUGCAUUUAAUUGGACUAUCUAAAGCCAAUGGCAAUGUAUGCUUAUACUUGGAUGUUAAGUGAAGGUUUUGCUAAGUUAUAUAUAAAGAAAAGAUGCUGUGAUUUAUUUUGAAGCUUGUUUCUGUUUUGUUUUUAAAUCAAACUGUAAAACUUAAAAACUGAAAAAUUUUCUUGGUGGAAUUUAUGUCUGUAAGUUCAAUUAGUGUUAGUUUCUCAAACUUGUUGCCUUUUAUCUGUAGAUGAAGGUAAUUUAGAAAGCAAACUGUAGUGGUGCAUUGAUGUUCUCCAACCCUUGAGAGAACAUAUUUGCACAAUUUCAUAGCACAAACUUUAAAUUGGAGCUGCUUUGGACAACUGACAAUAAGAUUUUAAAUUUGAAAAUGUGAUAAUGUUCAUGUGGGUAUCCUACUCCUUGUGUUUUCAUCUCUUAAAAGUGGUUUUUAUUUCUUUGUAUCUGUAGUCUUUUAUUUUUUAAAUGACUGCUGAAUGACAUAUUUUAUCUUGUUCUUUGAAAUCACAACACAAAGCUGCUGUCAGAUGUUUUAAAUUAAAUCAAUAUUGAUAUAUUCAGUAUUCUCUUUAACUUUGUCCCAAGGAAGAAUUUCCUACAGUUAAUUUUAACUUUCCUUCACUGACUUGUUGAAUUAAACUGGUCUCUUAGUGCCAGUUUGGAAGUUCUUUGCAAUUGCCUGGAAGAUUUGCAAGUCUUUGACUAAUCUUUGACUCUAAAUGUGUAUGGUGGGCUAAGCUCAGAAAAAGCAGUAUAUGCUUUACACUGAUAGGCAGCAAAUUUAAUAUUACUUCCCAGCUAUUUUUCCUCUCUGUAUUUUCUGUGCUCUACCCUUGAAAUAUAUUUAGGAAUGAAGAAGAUAUAAAUAAAGUGAUUUUAAGGUACAUUCAGCUGGUAAGUGUCAGAAAUGGAAGUUGACAAUUUUGAUUAAAAUAUUUAAAGUAAAAUAUUAGUUUGAUGCCCCCAAAAUUAGGAGUAAUAAUUUCUUCACAGAGCUUUUUUGGCCAGAUCCUAGGGGCCAAAGGAGAGUGUGUUUAUGUUUUGGCAAAGUCCUUCUUUUUUCAAAAGUUUUCACUUUUAAAUUAUGAAGGUGAGAUAUUUAGUACAAUUAUUUAUGUGAGUUCAAUCUUUUCCUUUCUUUUUUUUGUGUCUGAACUUCUUGGUGAGGUUAAGAUUUCCUAAUACCUAUUACUGCUGCAAGAGAAGCAUACAAUUCUGCUUGUAUGUUAGGGUUAGAGAAAGAAAUGGUACAUUUAGAGCUAAUUUGGAAGGACUCUCGUAGAUGGAGACUAGAAACCUGAUUAUUUUUUUUAAAUAGGGUCACUAUUUACAUUACAUAUAUAGCUAUCAUGCUAUAUUUACCUACUUUGUUUCUAAGAUUAUUUUGCAUAAGCUAACUAGUUUAGGUAUGUGUAUAGUGUCAUUUCUUAAGUUUGGUAUAUUAACAUUUUAUAAAACAUGAUUUGUGUGGGUUUAUAGCAUUUCCUACAGUCUAAAGUUUGGUUCAGCAUUCUUAGUUAAAAUAUGUGAAAUCAGGAUCAGUUUGCAUAGUCUCUCUCUCUCUCUCUCUCUCUCUCUCUGUUUCUCUCUUUCCCUCUGUGUGUGUCUCUUUAAAGAACACAUGCAUACACACAUGUUCUCACUCCAAGUUGGGGGAAGUUCUAAACUGAAUAUCAAAAGCCAAAAUUAAGAACAAAGAAAUGAUAUUUUCCAAACAAACAUGGUUUCCUCUCCCUCUCCCUUCUUGUUCUCCAUCCCAUUUGAUGUAGUGAUUUUUAAAUGCUUUUAUAAAUUCUUAACACAAAAAAGGUACUAUAAUGAAGCAAGCCACUAAGUGAGCAUGUCCAGUGAAGACCAACGUAAUAUAGGAUUAGAAGAUUGGAUGUUUCAAAAAAGAUAUUCUACAAAAGGAGUCCUUUGUAUAAAAAGUUCUUUCUUGUAGUACAUUUAACAUUUAAAUUGACUCAUGUAACUUAGUGUUUCUUGCCUCAUGAGCCCUUUUUAGGCAGGGGGACAUGUAUAGCAUCUAACACAUAGCCCAGUAAAUGAUUGUUACUUUGGAGUCAGCUUUUCUAUCUUUAAAAAAAAAAAAAAAAAAAAAAAAUCACCUAUGCCAUAGGAAUAAAAGGUGAGAGAAAACUUGUUAACCAUUUUUAGUUUAUUAUAACUAUGUCAACAAGUAUUUAUUAAUACCUAUUAUGUGAAAGUCACUGUGCUAGGCAUUAAAAAUUACAUCUUUAAAGCAGUAUCCAUUUGUCCCCAGGGGACUCAUCACUAGUAAAGACUAGGUUCAGCGGAAGGACAGGGUGAGAGGAUGGGAAGAUGGAGUGGAGGUGGGUUGUUAAAUGCUGUGAGUAAGUGGAUUUGUUUACUUAAGUAAAUAACGGUCCAAGUUUUGGGGGCAUAUUGUGUUCAUAAGAAGUGAAAUGUAUUUGCAAAGUGAGCUAUCAUGUUAUCACAGGCUAUAAAGGACCCAUAAAUUUAUAACAGCAGUCUUUAAUAUGCAAAGGUGAAAAACCAUCAGGCAUUACUGCUACCCGAAGGUCACUGACACAUGGUGCUAUACAGAUGGGGCUGGAGGUUAAGGGAGCUAACAGGUAUUCGCUCUUAGUUACUCCAAAGGCUGUUUCGGAAAUGAUACUGUCUCAUCUUUUUGAAUACAGGUCUCUUGUCUUGAGGUAGUUCUGAGGAUGGGAGGAAAGGAAGCUUUUUUUGGCUCCUUGGUAAUACUCCUCUGACAUUUAAUUCUAUUACUCUUCAAAGAAAUAGAACUAGCUGAAAUGUUUGCUUUAACACACAUUUUCAGAAGUCCUUUGGGAUAAGUUUUUUCCCUUUUUUAAAAAAUUAGGGUAUACUAUAGCAAUAAAAGAGAAAGACUAAUGUUAACUAUUAUUAUAUGCUACAAACUAAGUGAUUUUUCUAAAAAAGCACAAUGUCAUUGAAGAGUAGUUAUUGAAAAAGAAUUCAUAGCUCACAAUGAAUUUGUGAAGGCCAAAGAAAUUGAAGGGAGUGAUAAAAGAUACUUUGGUUUUAUGAUAUUCACAUAUUUAGUAAAAUUUGUGUACAAGAUUACCAGGCAGAGUGUUUUACCCCUGAAAACAUUUCAGAUUACUUCUGGAGUCUCAAGUUUAGAAGUUUAACUACUUAAAUCAGUUUUUUCCUGCACUAUAUUUAAAGAUUGUUAAUAUUUCAAUAUCUUCCUAGCUUUAUGAAUUUAAACAUAUCUUCAGGUUUGUGACAAUGACAAUAAGACUGAUAACAUCAGCUUCAAACCAGUAUCAUGCAGGCUUAAGAUAAAAAUCACAGUUAAAGCAAGACUGUAGUUAUGCCAUAUUAAUACGUAACCCUGUAACAGCUUGAUAUCAAAAUGUUAUUUACUAUAUUAUAAAUAAUGGUUAACAAGAACUUCUUAGGAAAUUCUCAAAUUACCUUUCUUAUUAUACUAGCCUUCAGAAUGAAUAUAGAAAUGAUCCUUUUAGCUUUUUGAAUGUUCUGUGGUUGGAUGCAUUUUGCUUACAUACAACUUUUGGUAUUUUUUUAAGUUAUACUUCUUGUGAGGUGGAAUUUUCAGAAUCAUUCUUGCUUUGUUUUGAUUUUGUGUUCUUUAAAAUGAAUGUUUAGUUACUGAGCCAGUUGGUCAUUUCUUUUUCAUGUCUUGUUAAGUCCAGUGACUCUAAGCCUGAACUGUGAAUAAGUUACCAAAAACUUGCUGAGAAUUUCAUUUUGAAGCAAUUUGUUAAUAUUUGAAGCAUAUACAUGUUUGUAGUUGUGUUAAAAAUUGUACUAAGAAUGUAGCCAAUGUCUACUUUAGUUGUUAGUAAACAUUUCUCAUGUCAUAAAUUUAUUCAUUAUUGUUGCUUUUAAAAAUAAGAAAUGAUUGCAUAAAGCCACGUCUCUACCCCAACUUCCCAGUUGUUUAGGAAAGGAUCGUUAGAUAAAGGCUCUACUCUAUCUGAUAUCACACUCCAUGGAUACUAUAUUUUCUCAAGUCUUUUAAAAUUUUUUGCAAUAACCAGUUGUUUAUAGCAUGUUAUUUCCAGAUUUUGCAGUGAUUUGUUUAAGUGAAUUGAUAGUUACAAAAGAAGGAUAUUUAAGGUAAGUAGCAAGACAAUCUUAAAGUUUUUGUAGUAUUUGGCAAUCUGUUAAUUAUAGAACAAAGAUUCCCUUUACAGAAUCCAUUUAUAAACAUCAAGCUAGCAUCUCUAUCCCUAGACCUUACAGCACUUGCUGUGUUUUGCCAGAGACAGGCCACAAUGGUUUGAAUGAAUAGAUGUGCUGUUUUGCCUUCCCGUAGAAUUGAGCCCAGUCUCUGGUUUCUCUCUGCCUCCCCCACCUCUCCCUCUCUCUCAUGCUCUGUGGCAAAGCCUAAGGCUGCCCCACCAGCAUGCAUCAUUUUUUCCACAGGCUACAUUUUUGACCUAAAAUUCAGCUUUACUUCUAGUGACAGUUUUCUUUAAAUUCUCCUCAGUUGGCUGUCUGUCAGUAAGUAUUUACUGAGUGCUUACUGAAGGCCAAGAAAUGAUUUCCCUAAAAAUUAAGAGGCUGCUUUUCAAUGGAGUGGUAUUUAGAGAAACAUUAACUUUUUUGGAAGAGGGAAAGAAGUAAAGGUUAAGUUUUUCUCAUCAAUCCGAGAGUUAAUAGUUUCCAUCGUUUUUUUUUUUUUUUUUAGAUGAUGGAGCUCUAUUAGCUUAACAAGCAUGGAGCUUGAACUAAUCUUGCAGUAAUACACAGAAAAGUUAUCAGGUUAUAAGUUAUUUAAAUCAGCUGACCCCUUCCCAGGUAGUAUAUAUGUAAUAAGAUAAUUUUACUGUUCUUUUUUUGGUUAGCAUGUAUACAACAGAUUAUUUCCAAGGUUGAAAAGGCACAUUUGUGAACUUCAUAUUAACAUGAUUCAUUGACUCAAAUUCCAAGGUCACUUAUGUAUUUUCUCAUAGAGAAUGCUGUUAUGUAGCCAUAUUUCUCUUUUUAUGCUUCAGGAGAUUUUGAGUAUGAUGUAUGGAUGUAUAAUGGAAAAUAUGGAAUCAAAAAUGGAGCUUGUAAGAAAUUAUAGAAAUGCUCUUUCAAUAGAAUUAUAGUUAUUUCCUUCCCAUUCAGUUAUCAGUCUGCCUCUCUAUGUAUAAAAUUAUUGAUGCUUACUAAGAUGAAAGCAUUUGGCAUAUUUUCAUAUGCUCUUAAUUUCUGCUGAGUGAUUUAGAAGCAUCCAACAAUCCAAAAACCAGAACCACCAAAUAAGUUAGACCGUGGGCUCCUAAAGGAGUUAGUUUUUGUCUUUGCCACUCAGCUUUGUAUGUUUUGAAAUGGAGAUAAAUAUAGUGAAGUCUUGAAAGGAAAAUUUCCAGACUUCCCAAAGUAUAUAAUACUCAACUGAGAAUUCCAGAUCCAUUAUACUAAAGGACAAAUGAAGGAAACAGUAUCUUAAACUGGGUAUAACCCCUUGAUUCUUAACUAGUACGUUCUUAAUUUGUGAGACCUAAGGUUGAUAUCUGUGAAUUUUAGAUUGUCAUAACAUAACCCAAAGGUCUGCAAAAGUCUAGAUGUAUCAAGAUCACUAGUUUGUUACUGCCAAUAGCUUCCUUAUCAGUGACAUUGUUGUUCUCAUUCUAGUCUGAGUCCAUCAUUGGUAUUUUACUGUGGCAAGUUCAGUGUGAGGUGAACUCAUUAGAAAGCGUGAUGCAUUAUUGUUUUCAAGUGAUGGGAUGGAUGAUAUCUGAGAUGAUAAAGGCUUAGUUUCUAGGCAAGAGAAAUAACGUUGCAUUAAGUUUUCUUUCUGUUAGAUUUGAAUGUGUCUAACCAGUUUGAUUUAUGGGAGCUUUUGGUUUUUUUCCUAUUAUACUUUGUUAUAUAGAAUUGUUUUGAAAUACCAAACAUAUUUCCUUUGAACUUUAUCUCUUGCUUUCUUAAUUUUGUAUUUAUCUUUUGAAUAAAAUGUAAACUGAA